GCGAUUUCCAACGUCGCGCCAACGCGUUUCGAUCGUCGUCGCACGCCUACCGCGAAAAGUAAAAGUACGUCCGAACUCCGGUUAACGGCUGUCCGCGGGGAGGGGAAGGCGAGUUACGGGAAACCUUUGGCUCUCGGGGCUUUCAAACGGCUCGCGUGCCUCGUCACUCUCAGUUGCUACAUUUAAUAAGUUUAUGGUGAGCGCGACGGCCGUUUCCUGGUCUACACUUACGGCUUGCCCCAAGCACCAGGAGCCAUGGCGAUGAGCCUCGACGGUCCCUUCGGAGACUUCGCCGACGGGGACAUCUACUUUACAGGGAACUUCAGUUGCGGGAAUUUCUAUCUGCCGAGCACGAUUCAACUGUUUGAAAGUCUGGGAAAUUUCGGCGUGGGUCUCGUCACAAUCGCUUCAAUCAUUUGUGCAGCCACCGUUUAUCUAGCCGUCGAUGCCUGUCAAAAAAUUUAUCAUCAGAAGGAGACGACGUCAUUCAAAAUCAAUGCCAGCACCGUCUUAUCCGUUUAUCCAAUCGCGAGCUUCUGCAGCCUCAUGGCCCUCGCACUUCCAAGGUCGCAGCUGCUGGCCGAGGCUCUAAUCCAGGUUUCACUCACCCUCUCGUUCUAUCGGCUAUUCAAGUUGCUUGUCGAGGUGGGACGACGCAAGGCCUCGAUAGUGCCCGGAUUGAUGCUCAGAGUCGGUCCCUGCUGCUGCUGGCCCUGCCUCCCGCUGCCGAGCCUCGAGAUGUCCGAGGCCAAUUUGUUCUGGCUGCGCCUCGCCGUACUCCAGUUUCCCAUUGUCCAGGGACUCGUUUACUGCAUUUUUCUCUUCAUGUCCGCGGAGGCGCCAAUUUUCGCCACCACCUACGGCGUCUUUCUCCAGCCUCUCGUCAUCAUUAGCAUACUCCUUGGGAUCUACGGCCUCACCGUCGUAACCAAGAGUCUGCAAGAUAUCGAUCCAGAAAGUUGCACUGACGAUGAUAAUAUUGAUGCUUAUUCUUAUCAUCUUUCCACUAAUACGUACUUCCACAUUCAUGCAAUUUAA